AUGUACUUGCGCGAGUAUGUAUAAGCCUGUGUGUAUGUGUGUGUGAAGAAAGUGAAAUGAAAAAGAAAUGUGCACAUGGGUAAAGUUGUGGCACAAGUUUUGAGCUCAAAAUCAUAACUGUAGCGGUAACAGGUUGGCCGACUCGCCGACACCGACUUAACAAACACUAAACUCUUUUUGUCACAGUACCUGAAGUUUCUUUCUCGACUGGCCAGACAGCAUUUUGGCGACCCGGCCCCGUCCGCAGAGCCUCUGGAAAUAAAUAAUUGCUACUUUACAUACAUACUAUCUAUGCAAAUUGGCAUUUGCUGCAUGCCAUAACAUAAUGAUGAGAAACUUGCCAAUGACAUUGUUGUCCAACUGAGCAUUAUUCCAGUGAAAACACACACACACCGCUCCAUUUCAAUUUCUGUGGCAUGAAAUGUACACGAGCCGAAAGAGAAAAGUUGCACAUUUUCCCGAUGGCCAAUUAAAAUACAUACAUACAUUCGCAUUUACACACAGCACAGUUAUUUCCGCUCAGCUUUGAUGCACAUUUGCUGUGGGGCGCACUCCAAAAAGGAGCGAGUAAACGAGUUUAGUGCGGCAACCAGGGCACAAACAGGUGCAACAGCAGAUCGGUUGGGCUGUUUGCUUUACUUUAUAUAAUGUUCCGCCGAGUGAAAUAUUUCCUAAAUAGUGCAUUAUUUGCAUUGUUUAAUUUAAUAAAUAUCAAUUCAAUCAAUUAAUAACUUGCGCGCAAGAAAAUAACCCAAGUUGGCAGCACUGAUAGUUUUCGGACCAGCUGGCAGCUGAUUGUCUACAGUUUGUGGAAAUAUUCAAUCCGAUCCGUAAAAAUGAAAACUAUAAAAAAGAAAACGACGAAUUCAAAAUCGCCCAAAUCCAAAGCCACUUUAGUUGAUCGGGAAUACAUUGUUGAGGAAAUCAAAGGAAAGCGUUUUUAUGAAGGAGAAACCCAGUUUUUUGUCAAAUGGGAGGGCUUUGAAGCAGAGUGUAGCACCUGGGAGCCAAUGCAGAACCUUGGCAAAUGCAUCCAUCUUCUGGCCAAGUAUGAGAACGAUGUAUACCUUAGGAAUUUGGAGCGCUCGGUCGAUGAGAAGGAACAUAUGAAAUUGAAUGCUUCUCAGGGUAUUGAAGUGCAGAAUAAUGGAUGCAGCACACCGGUAAAGCCACAGCCAGGGCAAGAGCCAAAGCAGAAGCUAAGAAAUGAUUGGAAAAAGAAAUGUCUCCGACUGAGUGAUUCCAGUGACGACGAGCCAUCGCCAGCCUUUGAAUCAAUAACACCACCGUUAUUGAACCAACCAAAAAGUCGUAGGCAGUUGUUGGUGUCAUCUGCAUCCUCUUCCGCGUCGUGCUCGUCAUCGGCGUCUUUCUCGUCAUCCACCUCUUCCAGCUUCGCGUCUGCACAACCAACCCAACCCCAAUCCCAACCAGUUCUCCCUACCAAGCAAAGCCCACCCCAACCAGUUAUACCUACCAAGCAAAGCCGAUCCCAACUUCAACCAGUGCUCCCUACCAAUAAGCAAAAAAUAAAAUUCGGCGACAUUCUGGAGGCUGCAAAGAAGCAUAGGAAAGACUCAGGGAAAAAGCUAUCAACGAACACCGAAAAAACUCGCGCCAAUUACUCGCUGGAGGAUGCUGAGGAUUGUAACACGCCAGAGAGGAUAUGGGAUGAGGAAGAGCCUGCUGGCUUAAAGCUGGAGAGAGUUAUACACAGCUUUCGAAUGGGAGAUGAUCUGUAUCUGGUCGUUAAGUGGAUGGGCUGCGAUGAGCCUGAUGCGGUCCAACUUCAGGAAAUAAGAGAGUUAUAUCCAAAUGAAAUAGUUCAAUAUUUCCAGUCUGUUCAACGGCGCAAUGACGACCUGGUAAACUUUAACUCUAACGAACCAGAUGGGAACAUCAACAAAAGCCACAAACGCCAAGAAGUUCAGGGCCAACACUUUUGAAUUAAUUUUUUUUUGUUUCAUAUUUUUCUUAUCUUAUCAGAGUUAAAAUUUUUGUGUGUGAAGAGACUUUCACACAUAAUUUGUUAUGCUCUCUCGAAGAGAGAUGGAGAGAGCUUCUAUUAUGAAUAUUAACAUUAAUUUGUUAAAAGUUAGUACAUUACGUUGGACGUAAAAUCUUAUCAAAUUAUUAACAAAUAGCUAUCAAGGAAACUUUAAUUGAAACAAGUUUAUUAAGUGUAUUAAGUGUAUUUUCAGUUUAAAAACCUUAUCAAGUCUAUUACCUAUCAUGAAAGUGUACUAUCAACACAUUUCCAAUAAAUAUGUUCAUUGUUGCAUAUGACAUCUGAUACUUUUUGAGCAUAUUCAAGGCCAAACGGGCUAACGAUCGUUUUAAAGACCACGAACCCGCAUUAGCCGUAUGCCUCUCAAUGUUCACUGUCGU